GUUCUACGCGUAUUAAAUGACCACUAUAUAUAGAUAAGUUCAUGUGAUACAUAUAUUAGUUUAUAAUUUACCUGAAUCAAGCGAGCAUCAUUUUACAAUGAAUUUUUUAAUAUUAUCAUUGUUGAGCUUUACAAUGGUUGUACAUUCUGAAGCAGGACUUAGAUGUGCCUUGGGCGACGUAGGAUGUACAGUAGGGUGUGUUCUCCUGGGUAAAACCUCUGGAAUUUGUGAUGGAGACGGAAACUGUCAUUGUAGUGAGAAAUCCAUUGGUAUUCAGGAAUUCAAGGAUCUUCUUCCAUCCAGAUGCGAUCUAGGCGACAAGUUUUGCGAGGGAACCUGCAACGCUAUCGGUCGACGAAAUGGAACCUGUACUACUCUGGAGAGUGGAAAGAAAGACUGCACAUGCUCUGACGACUACCUGACUCCCAAAGAGUUUGCGCUGUGCGCAGCAGAGACCACGUGUUAUCUGAACUGCAAGGCGCAAGGUCUUGGUUCUGGAAAAUGUGUUGGUUGGAAGUGUACAUGCGAGCAGAAAGACGAGCUUUGAUUUUAUCUCAUUUUUCGCUCAUCCUACGGUAGUAGGCUAUUUUAUCAAUAAACUGAAGACAACUUUUUGAUAUAAGUUUUAAUUGCCAAAAAGCUUUUUACGAAUUGCAAGUUUACAAGUAAAUAAAGAGAAGCUUUUUUUAAUUGACAGCUUCUUUUUGAAUCCAUGUUUUUGUGCAUCCAUUCUGUUUAAAAGCUACAUAUAAAUCUAAAUUAAUAUCAAAGUCCUCUUCAUUUUGAUGAUAUAAUCAACUACCACCUUAUUUUACUAUUUGAUUGUUAAUUGUUCCUAAAGUCACAACACAAUGUCGUAAUCAACUACUGUAGUCGGGAUUUUUUUUGUUAAGUGUCUGUCUCUUGGGAUAAAAUACGAAUAUUGAAGUUUUGUCUACGAGUUGUGUAUACAGAAUUCAAAGAUUUUGUUAGAGAGAUGUUAUGUCUCGUGUAUCAUGAAAUCCAAUUUUUGGAAAUAGCAAAUUGUAAAUUGCAGUAAUUGUUUAAAAUCUCUAAUUAAAAGAUGUUUUCCAAAAAAUGUACAGUAUAUGCAUCUCUAUUAUAUUAAGUUUAUAAACAAAAUGAUUAUAGAAAAAUAAUAUAAAUUAGUGUUUCUAAACAUUCUACCGAUUUCUAUGAUGCAAAGCUUUAUUGUUGUUAAAGUGUAUAUUACUUAAAUGUUUUCAUUUUGUAUGGUUAGCUAAAGUAAGAGAGAUCAGAUUUGAUAAUUCAGCAAGUAAGAAAAAAAUCUUAAUUAUGGGAUAAAUGUUAAUCUAAAAAAAAUCCUAAACAAAACUAGUGGUGUUAUCUGGAUGUCGCAGCUCUCCUUGUUUUCAAUCUUCAUCAUUACAAAUACAGUAGUUAUAUAUAUAAAGUUGUAAUCUCUAUUUGUCUGUCUGUUUGUUUUUCCGAUCAU